CCAUAUAUCCAUUAUAUAGUCGAAAUGGGUCCGUCCUUUGCUUUGGUGCUUCCGGGGAUAGGAGAAGUCCGGUCCAUUGACGACGUUCAAAGAAAAUGGCAAGGGUGGCUAUCGCAACAGGACGUAGCUGUUCAGGUCAUCUUAACUGGCCUGCAGUCGGCGAUACAGGGUGGCUUCCUGGGAUACAUGUUCGGAAGCAUCAGCGCGAUGGACCCAACUCAAGCUGCCGGUGCCGGCCCAAAGCCAGCGGCGCUUGAAAGCAUGGUCAAAGCAGGACCGCUCGGUUCAGCUCGCAACCUUGCUGCCCUGACUGGCGUCCAGGCCGCCGCCAACUUGGCGAUCAAGAAGGCGCGGAACGGCAAGGAAGACGUUUACACCUCGAUGGGUGCGUCUUUCAUGUCCGGCGUGGCAUACUCGCUCGUGAGUGGUUCUCCUAACCCACUUCAAAGCGCCGUCACCACCGGCGCGGCGUUCGCACUCUUCAACGGCCUCAUCUUCCAGGUGGGCCAGAUGUUCAAGCCGGAGCACACAGACACGGAGUACGACCGCGGCAAGUUCAUGCUGAAGAACCUGGGCCUCGCGAAAUACGCGGACAACCUGAAGAAGGGGCAGCUCACAGACAACACCAUCAUGCUCUGGAACGACGGCGCGUUGGCCGAGUGCCGCAUCCCUGCCGGACCUCGGCUGCUUAUCCUGCACCACCUGGACACCUACCGCAACCCGGCUAACGUGCUCAAACCAGCGCUGCCGUUGCCGCCCCUGCCGCCGCCCCCGGCGGCGCCGGUCGCCGCUGCCGCAGCAAGCCGGUGAUGCGUUGGCGCUUGAGG